AUGGCGAGCGCACAUCGGACAUCCAACUUCCCCUCGCGGACGCACCAUGACCGGCCGAAUAGCAGAGAUACGGAGAAGGAGGAGAUAUGGAAGCCCAUGCUGGACAACAUCUCGAGCGGGAAGCGCCUGCCCGAAAAGAGCUUGCUCGUGCUAGGAGAAGCUGGGGAAGGAGCUAACGAGGGUCCAGGCGGAACCCCAGAGACACAGCGAGAAUUCCUGGAGUCAGUGUCGACGGAAGGCGCGAACAGCCGCAGACCGCCAGACCGAGGAAGGAAGCCGCCUAUCGCGAAUCAGUUUGCCCUGGGCUACACCUACCAAGAUGUCCUGGACACUGAUCAUGAAGUCCUUGAAGAGAAUAUCCAGCUUCUGCAGGACAAGGGCCGCAGCCUUGGAGCUGAAGGAACCAGCAGCAUGGAGGACGUCAAGAUUCCACUGGGCCCUGGAGAGUGGGACGAACCGCUCGGCAUACCUCUGUGUGUCGUGUGUCAGAACGCCGACAAGAUUGAGUCGCUCGAAAAGGAGCGGGGAUGGAAAGAGGAGGAGUUCGACUUCAUCUUGCAGUAUCUGCGCACUAUCCUGCUCAAGCACGGAUCAAGUUUGGUGUACACUAUGCCAACAGCACCUGGCUCAUUACAGACUUUGAUUCACUCGACACUGGGCAUCAAGUCGCUACUCAAGCAGGAGCAAUUACGACACAACGUGACUGACCGUGACCGGGUAUUGGUACCGCCGAACUGGGAUUCUUGGGCAAAGAUACGCAUUCUGCGCGAGGGCUUUGAUGUUGAGGGCGUCAGUGAGCGAUGGAGUGUCGAUAUCGAAAUUCCCCGCCACAUGCGAAUCGCAAAUGGACAGACACCAGCGUCAGCGCCGGUCGAAGCCGAGGGCCAAGCAAACGGCGAGCCAGAGCCGUCGCCUGUUAUAGAGGAAGAGCAGCAGGACGGUCCCUCCGCCACCUCGAUAUACGAAGACACCAUUCGUAAUCCUGAGAGCGACUACCCAUUAUCGGCCAUGUCGAGGCAGAGUAACGGUAUUGAAGUUACGAGCAAGGACCCGCAAGUAUUCCUGAACGAACAGGUCACUUUGCUGGAGACAUUGCGGCGUGAAGACGAGAACGAGGCCGCCAUGAAGGCCGCGAGGAAAGAGAGUGAUACCCCAGCACCGCGAACAUACAUGGAAGACGCAUCCGGAGUUGUGGAAGAGCACAUUGGACCUGUGCAGUUCAACAUGGGUGGCAUCCAAGUCAAUGCGGAUGAGAUGGUGAAGCGCUUGCAGGAUCGCGAAGCAAACCGCGGUAACGAGCCAGGAUCGCCUCCAGCAACGCAAGAAGCUGGCAAGAUGGACAACGAAAAGCUCAUGUCUUUCUUCUCCGGUCUGCUCAACAAAGGGCCGGGUGGCAGCCCGAGGGGCGCCUAACAGUUCCCCGGUAGCAAAGCGGCGCCGGGCUGACCACUUUCUCUUCUGCAACUAUACAAACCUUGGCGGAACCUCUUCUCUUACCCUGUCGCGUGUACAUGGUUUUAUACCCACAGCGUAGCCUGUUCUGAAAUUCGAUAUGUCGCAAUCUA